AUUAGAUUCUCGGGUCAAGUCUAGGCGCGCCUGAACAAAACAUUUCUAGGGCUCUAAUCUUCCUCGCAGUCUUCCAUUUCAUCUUUUCUUCUUCCAUCGUCCAAGCUAGGCACGUCCCUGUUAGCAUAACACACGUUGCAUUCCCGCCUCUCCACGUCACAUGGAUGUCGGAAAUUAGUUACAAGCAGGAACGUUACGUACUUUUCAAGCGUGUCAUUGCCCAACACUUCACACUCAGUCAAUCGCUGUUGAAUUUUCUAAAGCAACGAAUUUGGACCAGUUGAGUUGUGGCAAUCGUAUGCUCGCUCUUACCAGAACGGCGAUGAUUUACAGUCAAAACACGCAUGUUUGCAUUUUUCUCAGCACAUCACCUGUCUGGGCUUGCAUUGCACGAGCACGGCCUUAAACCUAUAUAAGUGGAUGGAUCUUUAGGGCAACGCAAUCGACCAGGAGACACAUUCUCAAACCCUAGUACUAGUACUAUACUACUAUACAGAUGGAUAGAUACACACAGAGUAACUGAAAACAUGGCGGGUUUAACAUGGUUAUUAUUGCCAGUCUUGUCAUCCUCACUGUUGAUGGUAUCCUUGUUCCAGUCCGCACAAGCUGCAGGAAUUGCCGUCUACUGGGGUCAACACGGCGAUGAAGGAAGCUUGGCCGACACAUGCGCCAGUGGAAACUACCAGUUUGUGAACCUGGCAUUUCUGACGACCUUCGGCGGUGGAAAAACACCAGUGUUGAACUUAGCCGGCCACUGCGACCCCCCCUCGGGCACUUGCGCCUCCUUGAGUGCUGAAAUAAAAGCUUGCCAGAACCGAAACAUCAAAGUGCUGCUUUCCCUCGGAGGUCAGAUUGGAAACUACGGCCUCACUUCUGCCGACGAUGCAGGGCAAGUCGCCAAUUACCUCUGGAACACCUUCUUGGGCGGUCAAUCAGGUUCCCGCCCGCUGGGAGAUGCUGUUUUAGACGGUAUAGACUUUGAUAUCGAAACCGGGACAGGCCUGUAUUGGGACGAUCUGGCCAGGGCGCUCUCCCGAUUCAGCUCGCAGAAAAAGGUCUACUUAUCCGCCGCUCCACAAUGCCCAUUCCCUGACGGUCAUCUAAGCACGGCUAUCGGCACUGGCCUUUUCGAUUACGUCUGGAUACAAUUUUACAACAACGGGCAGUGUCAGUACGGGGCUAAUGCUGAUAACCUGAUAGCGAGAUGGAAUCAGUGGACUUCAGUUCAGUCCAAUCAGAUCUUCCUAGGCGUACCAGCAUCCGCAGAUGCUGCCGGUGGUGGGUAUAUUCCACCAAAUGUCCUCACUUCUCAGGUUCUACCAUCCAUCAAGUCGUCGUCUCCCAAGUACGCGGGGGUCAUGAUCUGGAACAAAUAUUUUGACCGCGGAUAUAGUGCAGCUAUCAAGGGCAGCGUCUGACUUAGUCGCCCUUAUCUUAUGUCCAUCCAGAUUGAUUCCAGAAUAACGUCUCAGAGGAGACAGUCCUCUCUUCAGGAGUAGCUAUAGGAUAUAUCAUCCACCGUCCAAAUAAUAUCCAUUGUACCUCAUCAUCUAGAAAUAAAAAUGUCCUUUCUGAUGAUCCUGUUAUAAACUACUACUAUAAUCAAGAGCUUUUUUUUUUUU